AUGCUGGACCUGCCCAGCACUUACAUCGACUUGGAAAAAUACACAGACGACCUCUGCAGCUUCAUAAAUACCCCGCUUGUCCGUCAGAUUACCGGCGGCAUCCACGUCAACGAUGCGCUGAUCCACAACGCCUGGGACGGAUUGCCCGCGGAGUGGACUGGCUGGUGGUCGCGCUGGCCAGAUCACCGACUGGCGCAGCAAGAUCUGAUUGACAGCAUUGACGAAGAUGAAAGUGUCCAUGACGACGGGCGCGGAACUACAGACGACGAGGUUCUACGUACCCGCCCCGAGUCGCUACGCAACUGGCUCUCACAGCUAAAAGCCCUCGCUAUAACCCGCACACAGACACCAGGGCCGACAGAGGCCCUCCCAGAGGUCUUGCAAACGCGCAUGAAGACAAAAAAAAUCGCCGAAGUGGCUCGCGCAACCAAUUUGAUUCAUGAGAUUUGCGAGUCAAGAGGAAUCAGGCGCGUCGUCGACAUGGGCUCCGGACAGGGCUAUAUGUCCAUCAGCCUGGCACAUCUCUUCCCAGAGCUACAAGUCCUCGCCAUUGACGGCAGCGAAUCACAAAUCACUGGCUCCCAGACAUUCGCCGACAGCCUGGAUAUCCCGCACAGCCGGCUGACGCAUAUGGUGCACUGGAUCGACGGCUCAUCCACGCUGGCAGACAAGGUCCGCGACUGGGCGGCCGGAGACAGGUGCAUCUUGGUGGGCUUGCACGCGUGCGGCAAUCUGUCUGAGCACAUGAUUCGCUACUUUGCGACGAUGUCCUGCAUGGACGCCUUGGCAGCCGUGGGGUGCUGCUACAACCACAUUGUGCCGCGGUCCGACACCAACCCAGACGGCUUUCCCAUUUCCGCCGCGCUUCGCGACAGAAAUGUCACGCUGAGCCCGACGGCGCUGAUGACGGGGUGCCAGGCGCCCAACAACUGGCCGCGGCCUGACCCUCACGCGUCGUCCGUGUUUGGUCGUCGUCGUCUCUACCGCGCCAUGCUCGAAAAAGCCUUCCACGACCACGGCAUCCGUCCUGCCAGUGACGGCGGAAGCGAGCGCCCGGCUUGGGGCAUUCGUAAGGGCGACAUGGCAAGUUUUACGGCCUUUGCCCACCGCGCCAUGGACUGCCUUGGCGUGGACGCCGCGCAGCGCCCAACUGACGAGCAGCUGCGUGCCUAUGAGGACGAGUACAAGGGCUGGGAAGGCCGCAUCGCGAUCCUGUGGACGCUGAGCGUGCUCUGCUGCAAGGUGGUGGAGAGCGUCAUUGUCGUGGAUCGGUACCGGUACUUGGCGGAGCGGCAAGACGUUCAGGACGUGGACGUUGUGCCUGUCUUUGACGUCAAGGUCUCGCCGCGGAAUCUCAUGAUUGUAGCGACAAGGGGGCGAGGCGGAAAUGCAACAGGCAGUGGGACUGUUUGA